ACUCCAGCCUGGGCAGGUCUCUCUGCAGAGCAAAUGGUUGCAAAUGGGUGCCAGGGUGCUCCGGUGCCAUCACAGAUGCCUCACGCCACCCACCCAUGUCCUGGUGCCUGGAGCAGGGGCCGUGGGGCCAAGGGCCCCCGCCGGGCCAGCAGACAUUGCUGUGGGGUGCUCGGUGCUGGAUGAGGGACUUGAACAUGUGGCGUGUGAUGAGAAACUCUGUGACCUGGAGGUGACGCAGCUCCGGCACUAAUGGGAGCUGGCAGGAGCCCUCGCGCUGCCAUGGGCGUGCAUACAUGUGCUGGCAAGCAUCCAGGACCCACGGCAUGCAGACAGGGGUGUCAGAGGGUGCCACGCAUGUACACUCGUGCUGGGGGUGGCAUGAAUGCACAUGCAUGUGCUAUAAUGCACCAUACAUGUACACACACAUGUCAAAGGGUGCCAUGAAUGCACAUGCAUGUGCUAUAAUGCACCAUGCACGUACACAUAUGUGCCAGGGGUGCCAUGAAUGCACAUACAUGUGCUGUAAUGCACCAUGAAUGCACAUACAUGAGCUACAAUGCACCAUGAAUGUACAUACAUGUGCCAGGGGAUGCCAAGCAUGCACAUAGGUGUGCCGUGGGACACCAUGCAUGCACACGUGUACCAGAGGGCAUCAUGCACGCACACUCAGCUCAGCUCCAGGUGCAUGUACAUGUGCACUCACAUGCAACAGCCCAGCCGGAGGUGAUGCAUGCAAACAUGCACACACGUGUGCCAAUGCGCACACAUGUGCCAACACACACGCAAACACAUGCAGCUCCAGAGUGCCAUAGCAUCGCUCCUCCGAUGUGUCUUUGCCACAGCACAGCCUCAGCUCAUGGGGCCACCGACCUGCCCUUGUCACACAUCCAAGCCUCGCUCUGUGCCUCAGUUUCCCCCCCCUGAAAAGGGCCUGGGUCCUGCCCCGCAUGGGGCAGCCACCCCGUGACUAAUCACCUCCCAAGUUAAUGAUUCAUUUCUCCUCCUCCUCCUCCUCGUAGCCGGGGUCACUCGUCUCGCUCAGCCCGGUGCCUGUGCCCAAGGACUCGGGGACCUUGGCUCGUCGUUGGCUGGAGAGGGAUUCCCAGGGGGACGCUGGGUUAGCAUGACCGAGGUGGAACCCGUGCUGGACUUCGCAUCCUCCGGGAGAACAGGCCGGCGCAAUGCCCUGCCCGACAUCCUGGGCUCGCCGGCCGGCGUCAGCCCCUCCGACCUGCCCCUCAAGCUGGCCGAGAUGUCCCUGAACGCAGGCAGCGCCCAGGAGAUGCAGUCGCCCUCGGCGGAGGUGCCCCCUCCGCAGCCCCCCAGCCCCGAGCUGAAGGACACGUCCUAACCCCACUCCGGGGGGGACAUUGCUGACCAGCGGAGGAAAGAGGAGGCUGCGGAGCAUCAGCCCAGCUUUCCUGGCACAGCCAGAGUCCGCUGGGUUUUCCUCGGUGCUACCGCGGCGAGACCGUCGGGCGUCAUCCCCCCCCGCCAUGGGGGGAGCAUCGCCUGGGGCCCUGCCGUUACGAAGGGGCGAUUCCCACCCACGCCCUGGGCGAGGACCCGAGGGGCAGAUUUUUUUGCCUCCUCAGGGGGGAGGAAUAUUUUUUCUUCUGGGGCAUUUGGCAGAGCCGAGCACAGGGGUUUGCCGGGGGGGGGGCCUUUCUCCUCGUCGCAGGAGCAGCCCGCGGGUGUUUCUAGCUGAGUGUGGUGUUCACUGUGAUGUUUUGGGUACCA